AUGAAUCUAAAAAUAUUUUAUUUUUUUACCCUCUUAUUUUUUAUAUUUAAAAAUAUUGUAACAAAAAAACUUCCAAUUCCAUGCAAAAGAACUAUUUUUAGUAGAAGGACCACCAAUUAUAAAGCAUGGAGAGAACAAAUGGUUAUUUGUGAAUUACUCGUUGACAAUAACUAUAAAAAAGCUGAAAGACCAAAUGGAAUUACACCAUACAAUAGGACGGCUGGUCCUGUUCUUGUUAAAACAAGUAUGUGGAUUGAGUCAAUUAGUGCUGUUAGUGAAAAAAAUAUGGAAUUUGUUGCACAGUUUAGAUUUCAACAACGUUGGUAUGAUGAAAGAUUAGAAUUUAUGAGGCAAAGUGGAUUUAGAAAAAAUGAUGUUCUUGGUAUUGAGAGAGAUCAAAUUUUAUGGCAACCUGAUACAUUUUUUCAAAAUGAAAGAAAUGGUUGGUAUCAUACAUUGGAUCAAGAAAAUAAAUAUCUUAAAGUUAAAUCUGAUGGUCUUAUAACAUAUAAUCGUCGUUUAACACUUAUUUUAGCAUGUAACAUGCAUCUUAAAAAAUAUCCAAUGGAUAAACAGAAAUGUUUAAUUGAUUUUGCUAGUUAUGCUUAUACAACAGAAGAUAUAAUAUAUGAAUGGGAUGAUAGUGGUGUAACAAUCUCACAAACAGCUAAUGGAGCACUUCCAAAUUUUGAAAUUGAGUCUUUUGAAAUGGCAUCUUGUGAUAGUGUCACAAAUACUGGUACAUAUAGUUGUUUGAGGGUUGUAAUUACAUUAAAUAGAGUUUUUUCUUUUUUUCUUCUACAAUUAUAUAUUCCAUCAGCUAUGCUUGUUGGUGUUUCAUGGGUAUCAUAUUGGAUUGAUUGGAAAAGUACAGCUGCCAGAGUACCAUUAGCUAUUGUAACAUUAUUAACAAUGAUAACACAAUCACAUGCAAUUAAUUCAAAUUUACCACCUGUAAGUUAUGCAAAAGCAAUUGAUGUAUGGAUUGGAGCAUGUGUCGUUUUUAUUUUUGCUUCACUUAUUGAAUAUGCUGUUGUUAAUUAUAUGGGAAUUCUUGAUGAACAUCGACAAAUACGAAAAAUUGCUUCUAAUCAUACAAGAUUGACAAGUGUCGUUGACACAAAUCGUAUUAUUAGCAAAAAAAAAGAUGAAAACAGGAUAAAUAUGUUUAAUGAAUCAAGUUAUGAAAAACAAACACCAAAAAAAUAUAAAGCUACAUCAUUUAUUAGGGAUAGAAGAAGAACAAAUUUUGGUGAUACUUCUAUUUAUCAAGAUGAAUCAUUAGACAUUGACAGUCAAUCAGGGACAAAUAAGUAUUACAUGGAAUCUGAGGAUAUUGACUAUUCAAUACAAAAAUUACCGGAUUUAGUUUAUAUUGGUCAACGGAAAAAAGUAGAACUUGUUAAAUGGUGUAAUUUAUUAUCUUCAAGAAAGAGAGCUGAAAGAAUUGACAUCAUUGCUAGACUUGUUGUGCCUAUAGCAUUUUUGUUAUUUAAUGUUGUAUAUUGGAAUUUUUAUCUUAAUGAUAUGACAAUGCAAUCUUUUGACGGUAGUAAGAACAAGAAUAAAACUGGUUAA